UCCAAACAAGAAUUGUCAGUGUCAAAUUUGGCGAGUUGCGGUGUGGUGUGUGAUUGUUCGUGGAGUUUUUAUUUUCGGCCUUGAACUGGGUUAUCGUCGAAAUUCAAUUGAAAAUGAAUUGAGAGUACUUGCGGCGUCUACGCGAAAACCAACCGUCGAAAUGUCAGCCACAAUAGAGUAUUUGAAGAGCCCCGAGCUCGUGGUGAGAAUUCAACAGUUUUUCGGUGUCGAGUAUUUGAAUCCGCCGUUUGGCUCGCCUCGCAAAGGUGUCCCUGCAAGCCCCAAUAAAAUCCAGAAUGGGCACAGAUCCACCGCCAAAUCCACUCAAGGACCGAAGGAGAAGGCCCCGGAACAGGCGAGCUACCGAAUCCGGAACAAGUGGUGGUACUACUUGUUCCUGAUUGGGACCGAGCUCGGCGACGAGAUCUUCUACGCGAGCUUUAUCCCGUUCUGGUUUUGGAAUAUUGAUAGUGCCGUCGGGCGGCGCGUUAUCUUCUUAUGGUCGAUCGUGAUGUACAUAGGUCAGAGCUGCAAAGAUAUCGUCAGGUGGCAGCGACCUGGACCGCCGGUCAUCCGCUUGCAGAAUAAGUGGGCUCUCGAGUAUGGAAUGCCUUCGACUCACGCCAUGGUCGCUGUCUCGAUUCCGUUUUCGGUGCUGAUUUUUACAUUGCAAAGAUACCAAUAUCCCGCUUUAAUAGGAUUGAUAGCAGCGACAACGUGGUGUUCAGUAAUUUGUGUGAGCCGCCUUUAUCUGGGAAUGCACAGCGUAUUGGAUAUAAUAGCUGGCAUAUUACUGACGAUCUUUCUUAUGAUUUUCCUGAUUCCUCUAGUCGACUUUUUGGACUACUACAUUGUAACCCACUUAUAUUCUCCGCUUUUCGUCCUAUUUAUAUCGAUUAUGUUAAUCGUAUGUCAUCCCAAAUCUGACAAGUGGACCCCUACAAGGGGUGACUCCACGAUGAUGGUUUCCGUCACAGUUGGCCUUCAAAUUGGUGCCUGGUUAAAUUAUCAAGUUGGUGACAUGGUUCCAACCAGCCUUAAGCCACCCUAUCAAAUAAUCUGGCCGACAUAUCAAAUGUUUGGUAUGCUUUUGCUUCGGACUGUACUGGGAUUGUGUUGUAUAGUGGCGACACGAGCAGUAGCGAAAUCCAUAUCGUAUGCCUUCGUAUGUGCAAUUUUAGGAAAACGUCCAAGCGAAAUUCGAAAGUCAGAAAGUAGCUUAGAGAAUCGCAAUAAAAAUGUCGUUGACUUGUGUUAUAAGUAUUUUACCUAUGGAAUGAUUGGCUUUAAUACGCAAUAUCUUUUACCAAAUGCCUUUAAAUUAGUUAGUUUAGGGCGACCCGACUUUUAUACCGAAAUUUAAAUGAAAGUGAAAAUGUUUUGGAAUGCUGAGUCAAGCAACAACAACUAAACUAGUCAAAUGAGACAAGGAUAUUCGCUUCUAGUGCUCGAAUUUAUCAAAAAUAUUCCACUAUGUAUUGUUUCUUUGAAACACGAAGGUUCAUCUCUAGUGAAAAUUUUAAAGUUAAUACAUUUUUAUGCUGCUUGAUAUACAGAAUAUGUCAAUCAAUGCCUGCUAGAGAUGCUGUUGUCAGUAUACAGAUAUGCUUUAUGCCUAGGUUUUAAGCUCGCAAUACGCUUUCGUGGAAGCGAAAGACAAAGCUAGUUUUGAUAUCGUACAAAUUGUUACCCAUCCACACACACUUUUGUCGUGCAAACAUCAUUUAUGAAUGAUAAACACGAGAUAUGCAACGGCUCUUUGCACACGGGAAAUUGGUCAACUAAAACAUUUGUGAAUUGUUUCUUUGACUUUCAUACAUAUCAGUAUAUUGUAAAUAAUAUUUGUGUUCAAUAUAUACGCUUUGCAUAACAAUUGUUGUGAAACAGAGAAGAAAAAAAGUAGAUGUUGCCCAUUCCAUUCAUUGUUUACAAAUGUAAGUUACAAAGCAAUAGGUGCCUCUAUUGCAGUUAUAUCAAAGGUUGUUAUUUAGUUUAUUGUCUCUUAUGUAUAAGUAAUUAUUAUAUACUUUCGAUUGUGGUGUUAUUGACUAGCACAAAUUGAAGUUUUUUUCAAUAACGUAGGAGAAAGUUCGAUUUCAGGUUACAUAUCCGAAUGCUAAUGUUAACUCAAUGUUUAUUGAAUUUGUCACAAAGUGCACACCAUAUGAGUCUUCAGAUUUGUAGAAUUCAUAAUAAUAGGAAUAAAAAUUAUUAAUUAAAUGAAA